CCACCACCAGUUGCUGCGGCAGCGUCGGGGAAGACGCUUCGCAGGACGCACGGUUACUGUCAGCCCGCGAGUGUUAGGGCGAGCAACGGCUCCAGCGUAAGGGUGGGAGUUCCCUCCCGGCCCUCGACACGGGGAGCGAAGCUAGAGUGGAGCUGGAGCUAAGGGGCUGCCGGCGGUCCUCCGAGAGCGUUCGAGGAAGAGAAGCAACCCGCGGGGACACUGCCGGUGUUUGCGUUCUGAAACCCGUUCUGUGCCGUCGGGGCGGGCGUUCGGACGCCGAUCGCCUUUGGCUGCUGGGCUGGAGAGCCCCGCUGGAGCGGCCCGACGUAGCGUCGCUGGAGAAGCGUGGCGCGGCGUAGUUGGGUUACCUGGCCGCUCGGCGCGCUUGGCUUGGCGUCGGUCGGACCGGGUCGGGGAGUGUGAGUGUACCUGGUCAGUCCAGUCCAGUGUGCGGUGCAGCGCGGUGCAGCGCGUGGGAGCGAGAGAGCGAGCGCCGUGUGGCGAGUGAGUGCGAGUGGAGUGACAGUGAGUGAUGUGUGUACAGUGACCCGGCAGUGACAUGGCUAAAGACGACAAGAAGAAGAAGCCCAACGGCGACGCCGCGGCCCUGGCCAUGAGCGACGCCAUGGCCCCGGACAGCAACGCCAACGCCGAGCGGCAGCCGCUCAAGGACAAGGAGGGCGACCCCGAGGAUGUGCCGGCCUCGGACCCGCACAAGGAGAAGCUCCUGGCGGCCGAGGAGGGCACGGCCGCGCCGCCCAACGGCCCCGCCAAGGGCCUCAAGAAGGCCGGCACCAUGGACCGGCUGCAGCGUCGGCGACAGGAGCUGGAGGAGCACCUGCGCUCGCGCACGGGCCUCUCCCGCCAGGGCCUGCUCUGGGCCAUGGCCGCCGUCAUGCUCCUGCUGCUGCUGGCCGUCAUCACCCUCUCGCUGGCCGUGGCCUGGCCCAGGAUCCCCCACCGGCUGCAGUACCCGGCCUGCACCACCACCCCCUGCCUCUUGUCCUCCGCACAGAUGCUGCCGCGCAUGAACCCCACCAUGGACCGCUGCACCGACUUCUGGAGCUACUCGUGCGGCGGCUGGCUGGACUCGACGCCGCUGCCGCCCUCGGUGGGCCACUGGGACGAGCAGGAGCAGAUGAGAGCACAAAGUCGAGAUAGAACUCGGAGACUGAUCUCCAUGCUCAACCACCCAACAAACUUCAAGUCUGUGCCCUGGAAAUUAAAAUAUUUUUACGAGUCGUGCAUGGCCCUGGAUAACAUUGAAGCUGACCGGGAGAGACCACUAACGAAGAUUAUAAGUGAACUAGGGGGUUGGCAUGUGAAACGCGAGUUUUCCAUGCUAUCAUGGGACUAUAAACGAGUCCUCACUCUGUUGCACUCCAAAUAUGGAGUAGAGCCAUUUUUCAGCAUAUCAGUGGUAACAGAUGUCAGGCGUCCUCAACAGAGCAUCAUCAAGCUAGGACCAUCUGGCUUAGGACUGCCAGAUCGCUCUUACUACUACCGCCCCGUUAACAGUCCAGUUGUAUUGGCAUACAAACGCUACUUAAAAGAUGUGGCCCAACUCUUAGGUGCUAUUAAUACCGAUGCAUCUUCCUUUAGUGAUGAAAUGUUCUAUUUUGAAAGACGAAUCGCAGAAAUUAUGUCUGAGAACACUUCACUUAAAAUAGAUCCAAUUGCAUCAUACCAUCGCAUUACACUUGCAGAUUUAAAAGUGUCAGCUCCCUCUAUACCUCUUCAUGACAUUCUAUUGGCUAAAUUUCCACAUGGUAACAUUGAUGAUUCUAUGGCAUUGCUUGUACCCUCCAAAAUGUAUCUAAGCAAGAUCUCUUCCAUCAUUGCCACAACAGAUAGAGGAGCACUCAACAAUUAUGUCAUGUGGAGAUUAGUUAGCUCCUACAUGCCUUAUUUGUCACAACACUACAGGGAUAUUCUAAGUCUCCAUCAGAAGGAAAUGGCAGGUGUUAAUAAAGCCUUUGAUAGAUGGGAGAUGUGUAGUGCAUCUCUUCAGAAAUUUAUGGGCUUUGCUUUAACUUCCCUUUCUCAAAGAUCUAAUAACAACAAUGAUAAUGUCAAAACUGUGGUGAGUGAAAUUUUUGAGGAAGUUCGUGCAACAAUUCAGAAGAACAUAGAGGAGUCAUGGUCUCCUACAGAAUUACGGACUCAUGUUGUAGAUAAGCUCACUGGCCUCUCUCUGCAAGUUGGAUUACCAGAAGCUUUCUCGAUGGACAACUAUUUGGAGGAUCUGUAUAACCACUUAAAUGUGCAGAAAAACGAUUUCUUUCAAAAUAUCUUGUAUGGUGUUACAUACUUACAAGAAGAACAGGAACGCAGACUAAACAACCCAUCAGAGGAGCACAGAUGGAUUGACACAGUCACUGGCUAUAAUGUAGAAUAUAUUCCUACAGCAAAUAAAAUUGUUCUGCCUCCAAGUGUCUUAUCACCACCAUUCUUUGACCCUGCGUAUCCACUGCCUGUCUUAUUUGGAAGAAUUGGUGUUCAUAUUGCAAGAGCGAUUGUUUCUGCCACUUUGCCAUGGAACAACUUGUAUGCAGCUAAUGGAAGCCUUUUGGGACCCUUGGACCCAGCUGUCAACCAAUCUCUACUUAUGACAGACCAAGCAACAACUUGCCUAUACAAAUUUGUUAUGUCUAAGAAACUGGCUGACCUCCCUGUGACUGCUAACCGAACUUCGUUAGACACUGUUCAAUGGAUUGCAUCAGUUCAGCAAGCAUAUGAGGCUUUUGUUCGAGUUGAAGAAACUGUUCAACACACACAUCAACCUGCAAUGGAAAAUAUUGAACCCAGGGAGCUUUUCUUCUUAAAUUUUGCGCAGAGCUUGUGCACAAAAAGGAGUCCAGAACAAGCAGAUCUUGAUGAAGUGAUCAGUCCAUCUUUAAGUAGUGAAUCAUUACUACAAGUUGUGAUAUCCCAGCUUCAGGAGUUUUCAGAUGUGUUUAAAUGUGAUGGAGACUCAUCGCCUCUUUAUGGCCACCAAGCGUGUCCUAGUGUUUUUUAGCAUUGGGCCAAGCCACUGCCAUAUGCAUCAGUGGCACAUUGCACUUAGUAAUGAAUGCCCUGAUAUCCUUUGCUUAUUGCAAAGAAAAACUGAAGGCCACAACAAAGUUUUGCUCUCUGACUUUACUUUUAGUAAAUUUUUAUUCUGUUUGAAUUUUACAAGUGAUUUUUUUAAAAUUUUGAUUUGAAGAAAAAUGAUGACAUUUCUGUUUCUAUGACAAACAGAGUUUUUGUUUGAACAUGUAUUGUGUACUGUUGCAUAGUACUUUUUUAAUUUUUUUUGAGUCAUAUUGACUUCUGUUUUGUCUUGGUAGAUUUUUGAAAUGAUUUGAUUUAUUCUGCCUUGUGAUGCUAUCUGAUAUUAUCAGAAACUAUUUCAAGAAAAAUGAUCUAAUUGCGUCAUGACAGUAACUUAUUCACUGCCAGUCGACCUUUUGUUGUGGACAUUAAGGUUGGGAUUUCUCUCUCCAGAACACAAUGGAAGUGAAUGCUUACAGGAAGAAAUAUCUUAAAUUGGACUGAACCAAGCUAUACUCAUAUAAUUACCCACUGUUAUCGCAGGAGUCAUAAAAAAUUUAAGUAUGGGUCGGCUCAGCUUUAUGGCAGUUAUUGUGUUUGAAAACGACAUACAAAUAUCACAGGUGCUUCUAGUGUGGUAGAUGUUUUGUUUUGGAUGUUGACAGGAUAUUUAAUUGUAUAAAAUGUGAGUAGUUCUUGAAAAUGUAUGAAAAGUAUUCAGUUCACAAACUUUUGUGAAGUACGUAAAGCAUCCUCAUCGCAAACCCGUCAGUAUCCCAUCCCUUAUCAGUAUUAAAUUGAAGCUUAUAGCUAUUUAUAUAGACGUUGAAUAUUUUGUGGAUGUUUAUUAAAGCUCAUGCCAAUGAGUGCCCAAUUGUAUUUUUUGUUCCAAGUGAUGUUUCUGUAGUCUAUGUUAUGCUCUUCUCCUAGAUCCCCUGUUUUGGUUUAAUUUAUUUCAGAAUAUACAACAAUGGGUUGCUCUGUUUGAACCAGUCUUGUUGUGUAACCAUAAAUGACAGUGUUUAAGGUGUCGACUUUAAUUUAUAAGUCUUGAGGAAUAGUGGAGAUGCUCAUAGCUCUUGCUGUUAUGAAAUGUCAUCUGUAAAAUCUUGUACAAAGCAGCUUCCUGCUAAUCAUAAUUUUAUUAAAAGUAGAUUUUAAGAGAGAAUAGCUACAAUCCCAGUGUGGAGCUUUUUAUUUUUAAAAAAAUUCUGUGAAAAUGUGUUGUGUAAAAUUGUAUGAAAGUUGUUUAAAUUCUGUGAUAAAAAUAUAUUUAAACUGUAAGUUUUAAUGUUAUGAUUUUUUAUAAUUAUUUCAUCCAUAUCUGUCAGCUUGUAGUAAAUUAUGAUUAGCAACAA